AACCUUAUCCAAUAUAAACAUUCGAAGCGUAGCGUCAGUUGUGUUCGUGCAUCUGCAGUUGCAAGACGUGAAAUUAGUGUAUUCCGAAUUGUCACGGAUUGAAGUUGAUUUGAGAUGGCCCGUACAAAGCAAACAGCCCGUAAAUCUACGGGAGGAAAAGCGCCCCGUAAGCAGUUGGCGACGAAAGCAGCCCGUAAAUCGGCCCCUUCGACUGGAGGAGUUAAAAAACCCCAUCGUUACCGCCCGGGUACCGUAGCCCUCCGUGAAAUUAGAAGAUAUCAAAAAUCUACUGAAUUGUUGAUUAGAAAAUUGCCGUUUCAACGAUUGGUGAGAGAAAUCGCUCAAGAUUUCAAGACUGAUUUACGUUUUCAGUCCGCUGCAAUCGGGGCUCUUCAGGAAGCUAGUGAAGCUUAUCUCGUUGGUCUCUUUGAAGACACCAAUUUGUGCGCUAUCCACGCUAAAAGAGUCACCAUUAUGCCGAAAGACAUCCAAUUGGCACGCCGAAUCCGCGGUGAACGAGCUUAAGUUGAUAUUUUGGUGAUUAUUCACAUUAAAACAAGUGUUUUGUGUUCGUUUAAUUUUUUUAAAGUUUCUUUUUUUGUUUUUGAAUUAUGUUAAAUGGUUUUUUUAAAAGAAAAAAGUAAUAAAUUAUUUCCUGGCCCUAAAAUCAUCAUCUCGAUCUUUUCUAAACGGUAGUUUCAACAGCGAAAAAUUUUAAUUUGAUUGUUUAAAUCUUAUUGUAGCUAAGUUCACAUUUGUUUAUUUUUUUUUCUGGUGGGGCCUUUAGUUUACGAGUUCUUACUGCCGUUAAUGUAGCGUUUAAACGAUUAAUACGUGAAAAUAAAAAAAAAUGUAUGGAUUUAUAUAUGAUUCAUUGGAUAUGUAUGGGAAUUUUUAAUUCCGACAAUGUGUAACAUUUAGAAUUUUUGAUGAGUAGUCAAAAAUUAAAAUUUUACACCUUGUAUUCUGUCCUUUAGUAUGUACACAUUAGUUUCUAAGUUUUUUCUAUGUAAGUUUAUUUAAAUAAAUAUCAGUACUACAUUAA